AAACCAACUUGGGUUGUGUGACCUGGAAGGAAGAAGUUUGAAGCACAGGAUUGAAUAGAGAGCUACAGAGUUGUCUUCUUUAUUAAGUUAUACAUUUGACAGUGAUAUCAAAGUUACAAGUCCAAAUUUAAAGAAUUUUGUCGAAUUUUUCACGUCUCUUCCACACCAGGGGCGUAACAUACAGUUCAACCUGACGGCCUUUCCUGGCUACUUAGAACCACAGAAGUUCCCAACACCACAUGUACCACCACUGGUACUCACCACAGUUUGAGAACCACUGCUACAGGAUGUGUCUGACACGGGCUCAACCCACUAUGAUAGAAGAUAUGUAAAGAAAAGAAACAAAAGGCCCCAAUACAACAGGAGCUGCAUUUAUCAAGCUGUGUGUGAAUACAUGCUGAUGCUGAGCCACCUUGAAGAUGGAGAGCCCAGCGUCCACUGUGAGGCGCCGCGCCUGGAUCAACAGCUGCCGUCAGCGACUUACAGACCCACUGCUCUGCAGCCUCCAGUCCACUACUAUAGCCGACGAUGACGACGUCUUCUGUGACGGUCAAGUCAGUUUACCAGGAUGUUCUACUGGAAAGAUUGAGAACUGGUUUCUCACUUGUAGGUCUGGGAGCUCAGAACAUACUGGGCAGUUGAGUUUUGAUUCAGCACUCAAAGCUGGAAGCAUUAUCGAUGAGCUAAACCUUGGUGCUGAUGCAGACACAAUGGAUAAUACACAGGAUACGUGUAUAGCUCAUGAGCUGUGUCUGCACUCCCAAAACCCGGGUCACAGCAUGGGAUCAAGCUUUAAUUCUUCAUCAACAUGGAAUUCUACAACAAGUGUAGCGGAAGUCCUUCAGGUGUACUCAGAGAAGGCAGAAGAGACUUUAUAUGAGCUGGGAUUUGGCAGUGAGGACCCACAAGUUACUGUUCGUAUCCCACCACGAUUCUUUACUUUUCCAUCUCAGGCCAAGGGCAUAAACUUCCGACUGUUUCUGGAUGCCCAGCUACAGAGAAUUCGUGAAGAGGAUCCAAGCCUCUCCCUUGCUAGUCGUUUCAGACAAGUACAAGUGCUCACAGCAAUGGCUAAUGCAUUCUACUCACUGUACUCCCAUGUGUCCCGAACACCAGUCCAGAAACUCCCCACACCAGAAUUUAACUUUUCCACUCCCAUUGAGCGAAUGGAGCGCUUUAGAAGUAGCCUUCGCAGUGACCCGCGAUCCCCAGUGGACAAGCUCAAAGACACUGUCUCCAAAAUGUGUCUCUAUUCAGGCUCAAAUCGAGAAUUUGAUUCACCUCUGCCAUCACCCAAAAAACGUCUCAGCUUGCCUGACAUUGUGGAUAUAGUUCUGGAGAAACCUGGGCACACGAAAAAAACUGAAAUGGGAAAAGAUAGUGUAAAUGUGUUACUAGAUGUUUGCAUGGCUGAUCAAGACAUGGACAUGGAGUACAUACAAAAGGAGAAUGAGCAAACCAAUGGAGCACAUACAACAGGAGAAAGAGCAAACCAAAAUAGGACUAUAAAGAAUGAUCUUGCAUUCAGUGACCAACCAGAUAUUUGUCAAACUGAAGACUUCUGUGUUGAGACAACAUGCCUUCCCUCAUUAUUAUCAGAGGACCCAGGGUCAGCUAUUCAGUUAACUAAUCCAAAAUCAUUGGUGAAAGCUGAACAAAUACGUUCACAGAUAGUGGAGAGCAUACAUCAGGCCCCCUUUUAUUAACAAUAUGGAGACUUAAAAAAACAGAUUAAGAAUCAGAAGAGACUUAAAUCAUAUAGACCAAAUUCUAGACAGUAAGAAUCAGUGUAUGUUUCCUCUUCACCUGCAGAAAAGUAGUAGUUUGUCCUUCAGUAUCCAAUAUCACAUACAGUUACAGUGCUGCAUCUCUGUACAAUCUGAAAAUCAUAACAUAAUAAAACAGCAUCUGUCUCCAGUGCUACAUACUAUGUCAUGUAAUCUUCCAACAAGACAGCAACUUUAUACUUGAAGAGGUAAUAUGAUUUAAUGAUGCUUUCUCUGUAAAUGUGUAAUAAUAAUAAUAGUAAUAAUAUAUAAAUGACUAUAACUGACUCCCA